GCCCGGGAGCCAUGGGGCUGCCGCGCAAGGCUGGGGACGCGGCGGAGCUGCGCAAGAGCCUGAAGCCGCUGCUGGAGAAGCGCCGGCGCGCGCGCAUCAACCAGAGCCUGAGCCAGCUCCGGGCGCUGCUCCUGCCGCUGCGGGGCCGGGAGGACUCCCGCGGUUCCAAGCCCGAGAAGGCGGACAUCCUGGAAACGACCGUGCACUUCCUGAAGGAGCUGCCCGCCUCCCCGGGCCUCGCCGCGCGCCGGGAGCGCCCCUCUCCCCUCCCGCCGCCCGCCCCGGGCUCGCCUUGCUCUCGGCCCGCAGCGCCCUCGGACAGCUACGGCGAGGGCUACCGCGCCUGCCUGGCCCGCCUGGCCCGCGUGCUGCCCGCCCGCCGCGUCCUGCAGCCCGCGCUGAGCGCCCGCCUGCUGGAGCACCUGCAGCGGAGGGCGGCCGGCGACCCCGCGGAGGGCGGGCGGGCGGCGCCCUCGCCCACAGCACCGCCCGCCCCGGCUCCUGCGCCCUCCCCGCCCGCGCCGACCCAAGACCCCCGUCUCUGGCGGCCAUGGUAGCCCCCUGGCCAGGCCCACCGGGCCCGCUGAUUGCCAGCAGCCCUCCUCCAAGGAAGCUCCUGGUAGUGACUGCUUUGCUUCCAGCACCCGGAAGGCUGCAGGAGCCAGGGAGAGACACACCUGCCCAGCCCCGCGCCGGCAGCAGAUCAAGGCCCCCGGGCCAUCGGCCUUGAUGGUCCCUGCACACCCAGCUCCGCCGGGCCCUACUCCCUGCCCAGCUCCACUUGGGUCCCCGUGAGCACAGAGCCGCCGGGGCCACAGGGGCUUUGAUCACUGGUAAAUCGCUGCAGGGCCCAGCAGGGCAAAGGGCACGUCGGGCUGGCCAGCGGUCACCCACAUGUGAGCUGCCCUGUCUGGCGAGGAGAGGAUGUUUCCAUGAAUGCCCUGGAGUGGCGGCUUUGUACCCAGGCUUGGGACCACCAUAUUAUUCCUCUAGCAUUAACAACACCCUAGAGGUCCGAGGAAGGGUG